AUGUACCACUGCAACGUAUUCAAUCCGAUCAGGAAUCUCUCCUCCAGCACCGGCAGCACCGUCACGUGCACCUCGACCGCCCUACCUGCAGUCUACAUAUCGAAGUUUCGCGCAGCAUUCACUGGCCGUCGUUCCCGAGAUGCCACGGCAGGUCAAUGUGGGCGUGGGCUUGGCGGGGCAGGCGGAGGGUGGACGCAGGAGCCGGCAGCGCCCGUGUCCACGCAGACGAGGACCGACCGUGCGGAUCUGGCUCGCCGAUGUAGAUGA